AUGGGAUGCUACGAGCAUAUCAAACCCUCAGAGGGCUUGUUACGUGAUCACGAAACUCGCAGCCAAGACAUGACAAUUGAAGCAUGCGGCACUAUAUGCCGGGAGUACAAGUACUUUGGCAUUAGUGCUGGGUCCUGGUGUUAUUGCGGCGAUACCUUCAGAGGGAAGGCAACUGCAGCUGAUCCUAACACAUGCACUUCUCGCUGUGCGGGUAAUCAAACGCAGACAUGUGGAUCACCUUGGAGAAUGUCUUUGUUUACAACUUCAAUUUAA